AUGCCUCUGUCAUCUCCGCGACACACCCGACACUAUUGGGACGUCUGGCCCGACAAAGUGAUGAGAGAGCGCUUUGUUCACGAUUGGGACGAUUGGCAGGAUUUUCAGGACAAUUCCCUGACGUCUCGCAAUCGGCGGUCAGAGUUGGCCCGAAGAAGUGACGAUCAGUCCAAGAAUCAGGUGCUGGAAGACAAGACUCGAUUCCGUGUUAAGUUAGACGUCUCUCACUUCAAGCCCUGGGAGGUUGAGGUGAAGUACGCGGACAACAACAUUGUGGUCACCGGUAAGCACGAAGAGGUUGAGGACAAACAGGGUUGGGUCAGCCGUCAGUUCAGCCGCCGAUACGCUCUGCCCGAAGAGUACGACUCGGAUCUGUUGAACUCGUCGCUGACCGCCGAUGGAGUGCUG